UCAGCAUCCAUAUAUCUUUCUGAAUUAGUUUGUGAUCUCAAAGACAACCAUGUCUAUUACUGUUAAGGUGAUGUCCAAGGAAACCAUUAAACCCUCAACUCCAACUCCGUAUCAACUUAAAAACUACAGUCUAUCACUCAUCGAUCAACACAUUCAAUCUAGUUUCAUUCCAAUCCUUCUCUUCUACCCAGCGGCUGUUAACGACUCUGGCGGAGAUAAGCAACAUGGUGAUAUUAUUACUUGCCUUCUAAAGAGAUCUCUUUCUGAAACUCUAGUUCACUUUUAUCCACUGGCAGGUAGGAUGAAAGAUAAUAUCGCUGUUGAUUGUAAUGACGGAGGGGUCGAAUUUAUUGAAGUAAAUGUCAGUGGUAGAAUGUGCGACUUUUUAAUGAAGCCAGAUGAACAACUAAGUGGACUUCUUCCCGCUGAAGUUGUUCGAAUGAUUUAUGCUAGAGAAGCACAGGUGAUCAUUCAAGUGAACACGUUCGACUGCCGUUCAACAGCCAUAUCUUUGUGUGUGUCCCACAAGAUUGCCGAUGUAUCUAGCAUCACCACAUUUAUUCGUUAUUGGGCGCAGACAACUAUCGCAGUUGGCAGAAGCACAUCCAUCAUUUCCCCUGUUGUAAGCUCAAAGUUGAUUCCAACUUUUGAAUCGGCGUCUCUCUUCCCACCUAUUAAACAACUAAUAUCCCCAUCAGGGGUAACACCUACAUUACCGGAUUCAAAUCCCUCCGAAUCAGUCAGUAAGAUCAUUAGCAAGAGAUUUGUGUUCGAUGCGAUAGUGAUAAAUUCUGUACGUGAAAAAUUGUUAGCAUUAACAGCAGAUAAAUACAAAUGUCGUAGGCCGACAAGGGUUGAGGUAGUUUCUUCUUUGAUAUGGAAGUCAUUUGUGAAAUUGGCUACCCCUAGUUCUUUACCAGUAAUGGUAAGACAUGCCGUGAACCUUAGAAGGAGACUUGACCCACCAUUACCAGAUGUGUCAUUCGGAAAUCUUAUAGAGUUCACCAAGGAAGUAGUUGGAGCAGCAUCAACAAAAACAACAACCCAAGAGACAACUUGUAGUACUAGUAUGCUAUACGAGGACUUGAAUGAAUUUGUGGGUCAACUAAGGGAAUCGAUAAGUAAAAUGACCAAGGGUGAUCAUGAUUUCGAUGCGGAAAACACUCACUAUGAAGGGAGAUAUUUGUGGAUGAGUAGUUGGUGUAAUUAUGGAUUGUAUGAUAUUGAUUUUGGUUGGGGAAAACCAAUUUGGGUAACUACUGUUGCAACUAUAUUUCCUGACUCGAAGGGUUUCUUUUUAAUGAAUGAUACCCGUUGUGGUGAGGGAGUAGAAGUGUGUGGAAAUUUGGUUGAGGAAGAGAUGUCUAGUUUCCAACUCAACCUGUCGGAUCUCCUUGACAGGAUUUGAGUCGAUUCAUUACUAUCGUUCUUAAGGCAGUGGUCUUUGCAUCAGCUAGUGUUCAUGAGGCCGGAGUUUGACCUCUUUUCCCCACAACCAGCAGACUGUGAGGUUUAGGGGGAUUGUGUGCUAUGUUUAGUGGACUUUUGUGGUCCGGUUUCAUCCAUGUUUAAGCGACUUCAUUUUAGUCUAUAUAGUUUAAAACUAGUUUGUCUUCUCUUUUUAAAUUUUCGUUCCAUAAGUAUUUAGAAAUGGACCUUUUUUUUUUGAAAUAAUUCAG